AUGGUCAGGAACCAUACGACCCUAACACUAACAAUUUGGUGGUACUUACUGCUACAACAUGUCGCAGCAUUUUAUCACAUAUCUCCGGAGAAGCCUAUCAGUUUGUCAAUGGAAGCUUGCUCAUAUGAAAGACAAUUACUCAAUGAUAACGUUGUGGUUUUAUUCCCAGAAACGUUACGAUCCUGUGGGUCGUUUCAUACCAGUAAGAGGCAAGACGAUUACGAUAAUGAUUUGAAGCGUGUUACUAGUCUAGUGCCUACUGUACAAAUUAUUUGGCAUGAAAUGGGGUUAUCAAAAAACUACCGAAUAUCACCCGACCUAGGAUAUUACAUUGGAUGUCAAAAAGCCCUUUCACAGUACAGAUCGCAGUUAGCUAUCCGAAAGACACCGAUAUGGAAUACCAGUAAUGCAAACUGCCCACUAAAGAGUUUACCGAAAAAUUAUGAGGGUUAUCUAGCAUGUGAUUUUAUGCAGGGCAAAUGGUACGAAAUACUUUUCAAGAGUACGAUACGUUACGAAGUUUAUCAUAGAAAAGUUUACAGAACAUUCUGGUCCAAUUAUUCCAGCAUUUUUUUGAUUAGGCCCAGUUUUUCGAUCAAAAUCAAUUACACUGAAGUAGAUUGGCUUCCAAAACUUAUUUCAUUGAAAGUCAGGUCAAUAAGUUGUGACGAUGCGGAAUUUUCACUAAAUAUAAAUUCAAACUGGUCGCAGCCAAUUUCAUUUCUCAUUCACUAUCGCAUCCGUCUCGAUAGUCAUGUACAUUAUGUAAGUUUGAUAGCCAACCGUACAGUGGAAGAUUGGAUGAGUGAUACGUUUAUUUUGAUUCCAUCGCGUGCAGUUCAUGAAGUUUGCUAUCAGGACGUUCGGAAUGCUGAGACUGAAAUUGACUUUUCCCAAGCACAUUAUGAUGGCAACAAAGAUGAUCGGGAUGGUCCGAGUGGACGAAGUUCGGAUGAAGUUUUGGAAUCUAGAACUUAA